CGAAGGCACUGUGCCCUCUAGUCAAUACAAGCCCGUUUGCUGUUAUAUGUAACACUGUUUGGGCAUUCUGAAAAUCAAGAUGGAUGGUGACUGUGGUUCAAAACCACACAAAUUGCCAUUACAAUACUUAAAAGAUAUCACAAAGAACUUCUCGCGAGUACUUGGGAAAGGUGGUUUCGGUGUGGUAUAUGAGGGCGUGCAACCGAAUGGGGAAAUAGUUGCUGUGAAGAAGCUUUUGAACCCAAUGUCACAAAAGCAAUUUGAGAAUGAGGUUGAUCUUCUGAUGAGACUUGAGCAUCCAAAUAUAGUACGAUUAGUAGGCUACUGCUAUGAAAUAGAAAACGAACACUUCCCUCUCAAUUGGAAAUACGUUUUUGCUGGGAAGGCAGAAAGUUUGCUUUGCCUGGAGUAUCUGCCUAAUGGAAGUCUUGACGAGUUUCUUUCAGAUUCAGAUAAAUCUUCUUGACUUGAUUGGCACACACGCUACAAAAUAAUUGAGGGGACCUGCAGUGGUUUACAGUACCUUCACGAGCAAACUGACGGGCCUAUCAUUCACUUAGAUCUAAAACCCGCUAACUUACUGCUCAAUGAUGCUUUGGAGCCCAAACUUGCAGAAUUUGGUCUGUCACGUCUUCUUGAUCAACAAGGAACUGUGUGCACUAUGGAAGU